AAUCCGAACGCAUUCAUUCAUAUUAUUAUUUUCGUAUUUAAAUAUUUAAUUCAGUUAGUUAUUAAUGAAUAUUUACCGAAACGCAGUAAUUAGUUGGACUGACAUGAAACAUGGAGACCGACAUUAAGGCAACGAAUUUAGCUCUAAAAUAUCUGUGUGGUGAAACAGAAAAUGUUUGUAGGUUAUGUUUAUCAUCAACCUCUUCCUAUGCUAUUUCAACAGAAAGUGUUAUAAACCUGAAGAAACACUUCUUCGAAGAAGCCAUAACUUACAACGACAUAUUCAUCGAACUCGGUAUUCCUCUAGAAGAAGAGCUUCCUAAAGUGUUGUGUCGAGGGUGCGCCACAUCCCUGGUGCAGGGCUACACCUUCCACAAGCUCUGUCAGUACUCCAACGAGAGGUGGACAAUUGCCCUUGAACAUAUAGAAAACGGUUUCAGUGAAACAGAAAAUCUCAACCCAUCUGCGCAGAGCCUCUACAUGAUAAUAAAUAAAACCGAAAACAUCGUCUUUACAAGCAGAAAGAAAUGCAACAAGAACAAGAAAAGGAAUGCCCUUAACAAGAUCAGAAAAAUAUUCAAAAACAGAGAGAAUUUUAAUCAAUUUAACUUGAAGAACAAAAAUAAAUACCAUGGUACAGACAACUAUUGUUGUAGUCAAUGUGGUAAGACUUUUAUAUCCAACUAUUUGCUAUCAAAACAUUUGAGAUACCAUGCGGGCAGACAUGCUUGUCCGAAAUGUGCCAAAGUUUUCCCAACAGAGGCCAAAGUGAAAGAUCACAUUGACAGAAUCCACCAACCAAAGAACAUUCAAUGUCCGCAGUGUGGCAAGUUCUUCAGCACCAAAAAGAUACUACAAUUUCACGAACAAUUGUACCACGUACCAGCCCAGUGUGCACUGUGCUCCAUGGAGUUCCCGUCAAAGUAUGCUCUACGUGUCCACAUGGACAAACAUGAGCCAAACAAAUGUGUACGAUGUAAGAAAGUAUAUUUAAACCGAAACACAUAUAGGUUCCAUCUGAAAAUAUGUGGUAACCAAGCUGAAAAGGAGCCAAGAUUUUACUGUGACAUUUGCGGGAAAGGUUACGUCCGUAAGAACGGGAUCCGCACUCAUCUAAAAGUAUGUCACGGGUUUGGCAGUGUGUUCUCUUGCUCCUGGUGUGAUAAGAAGUUUGAUGCCAUGAGUAGACUUAAGAACCACACCGUAAAACACACAAGGGAGCGUAACUUUAGCUGUGACAUCUGCUCAGGGAAGUUUGUGACUGCGGCUGCUCUGGUCUACCACAAGAGACUGCACACUGGAGAGAAGCCUUUUAAAUGUGACAUGUGUGACGAGAGCUUCCUGUCGGCCUCCAGAAGGAUGGAGCAUCGCAUGCGCAAGCAUUUCAAGCCAACCAAAGAGUGUAAAACGUGUCAUAUGAAGUUUGUGAUGCGUCACCAGUUGAAGAAACAUGAAGAGAGACAUUCCAACCCUCAUAGUAAGCUGUAUGUGCCAGGUGCGGUGUGGACUGCGUAAUAUGUGAAUGGGAAGUGUAUUUUUAUUUUAUUUUUAAUGAAAUUUUAGCUAUUAAUAAAGUUGGAUUGAGUCAG